AUGUGCCUCAAGCCAGUUUGCCUGAGUGAUCAGGAAAGAUACAAGAAAUAUGGACGACUGUUCGGUGCCUACGAGGGAGUGAAACCCUGCCUCUUCGUGGCCGAGCCUGAUCUAAUAAAACAGGUUCUGGUCAAAGACUUCCAGCAUUUACCGAACAGGAUGUUGCAAGAAAGAGCAAGUUCUAUUUUGGAUAGCAUGAUUUUCGGGGCAGCCGCGGAUCGCUGGCGAUCAAUUCGUACCGUUUGGAGGCCAGCAUUUUCCUCUGGAAAGCUGCGCAAGCGCCACGAUGAUUUUUUGCAACUCAUCAUGGAUGCCCAAGAAGGCAGCCUGGAUUCCAAAGAAGAUAGUAUAGUGAAGCAAGCGAACAAGCUUUUUGGUCUUGUUUCGGGCACUAAGCAAGUUUCGGCAGACAGUAAUAAACGUCUAAGUGAAGUGGAAGCAAUGGCGCAGUGCGUGUUCUCCUUACUGGCUGGUCAGGUGAUUUCAACGUCAGCGAUAACCUUCACCGUGUACCUGCUUGCUCUAAACCCCAGAGUACAAGAGAAACUACGAAAUGAAGUGGACGAGUGCAUUGACGCGAAUGGCCUGGAGCCCAGUAUGGACGUCAUGUCCAAGUUGAAGUACCUGCACUGUGUAGUAUUGGAAGGGCUACGCUUGUUUCCUAGCGCAGUCAGGCUUACACGGUGCACCUCCGACGACUACGUUAUUGGCGACACCGGUAUAAAGCUUCCUAAAGGGUGCUCCAUUGUGAUCCCAGUUUACGCAAUACAUCACGACCCGGAGUUCUUCAGCGAUCCUGAAGGUUUCAAUCCUGAAAGAUUUAGCGACGAGAACCUGGAAUCCAUCCGGCCGUACACUUAUCUUCCUUUCGGUGCUGGGCCACGCAACUGCCUCGGGAUGCGCUUUGCGCUUCAGUCCAUCAAGCUGUGCCUUUUUCAUUCGCUGCGCAGUGUUCAGUUUACUCGCACCGACAAGACCAAGGUGCCCUUGAGCAUUAAAAAAGGAAUUGGCAUGUUGACAACAGAAGACAUUACUGUUGGAAUACAGAAAAGACCAGAACGAUUCGUCUGA